AUGUCUGUAAAUCAUUCGAACGAUUUAGUUGAGAACGAAGCUUUCGAUCUCAGUCAUACUACGAAUAUCAUUCGAGCAAUAGUCGAAGAUAUUCUCAAUAGGAAUAAAUUCAAUGAAGACAAUGUCAAUAGUUGGACACGACAGAUUGUUGAUAGAUGUCAACAAUCUUUGUUAGAAAUUCAUAAUUCAUUUAAAACAAUUAUCACAGCAAUGAUUAUUCCUAAGAGUGAGGAAAAUAUUCAUAUGAGUAAUGCUUGCCUUUGGGAUUAUGAAGUUGAUGGUAGUACAAUUAUCAAGUAG